AAUAAAACUACUACUCAAAUAUAUUAGGUGUAUAAUCUAUGACUACUACUACUCAAUCUCUUAAAUUAAACACAUAAUAAUUCAUAUUAAUAACAAUCUGAUUAGUUAUUGAGAAAGUCCGAACUACGCCUAAUUUUUUAGAAAAACUUUACUUCCUGGAUUAUAUAGUCAUAUUAACAGUUUUGAACUAAACUAAUCUGAAUUUUGACGAUUGUGAUAAACUGGAAUAACAAGCUAUCAGGAUGGAUCUCCCAGAUAUUAUGAAAAAUUUGAAAAUACAAAAUUCUGAAGCCCCAAAUAAUUUAUUUAAAUCAGUGAGUGCUGAAAUAGAUGAUGUCACUACUGAUAUAGUGAUAGCAGAAUGUAGUGAUAAAGUGUUUUUAGUUGUAUCUCAGUAUCAAAAAAUGGGAAGUAUGCUAAUGGUUGUCAGAGAUCGAAUCAACGGUCCUCAUGGCAUUGAAGAUGUGUAUUCAACAAAAGUUGUUUUUGGUGAUUCAGGGGAAGAGCAUCAAGCAGCAGCAAGAUUCUUAGCUGAAACAGUAGAUAUAUUAUCAAAACCACUUUGCAUUUUCAUCAACUUAAGGUCAUAUGACAUUGAAACACUGAAAGCUUGUAGAGAUAUCAUUUUGGACUUCAAAAAAGAAGAUACAGAAUGUCAGCAAUGACAAAUAAAAGAUUCAAACCAACACAAACCUUCUAUGGUCAAUUAGUCCUUGGUCCUCCUGGAGCUGGGAAAACCACAUAUUGUAUAAAAAUGUCUGACAUGCUAAAAACAUUAGGUAGGCAAGUGAUAAUUGUUAACCUGGAUCCAGCAAAUGAUACAAUGAAUUACAAACCUGACAUUGACAUAAGGGAGUUAAUUGUUUUGGAAGAAGUAAUGGAACAGAUUGACCUUGGACCAAAUGGUGCAUUAUUAUACUGCAUGGAAUACCUGGAAAGUAACAUUGACUGGCUCUUAAAUCAACUACAUGGGGAUAAUGGAACUACUUUUCUGUUUGACUUACCAGGUCAAGUAGAACUUUAUUGUCAUCAUAAAAGUUUAUCCAACAUUGUUUCAAAAUUAACAAAUGUCAGUAAUAUGCUGUUGUGUGUAGUGCAUUUAAUUGAUUCCCAUCACUGCUCUGAUGCUGGUAAAUUUAUAGCAGCUCUUAUGUUAUCUUUAAGUGCAAUGUUAAAUAUUGGAUUGCCUCAUAUUAAUCUCUUAACUAAAUCAGAUUUAUUAAAAAAACAUUAUGAAAAGUUAAAUUUUAGUUUAGAUUUUUAUACAGAAGUUUUAGACCUAAACUAUCUAUUAGACUGUUUAAAUUGUGAUAAUUUUACUAAUAAAUACAAAAAACUCAACAGUGCCUUUAUAUCUAUAAUUGAAGAUUACAGUCUAGUAACAUUUCAACUUGUAAAUAUGAUGAACGAAAAAAGUUUAGCCAGUGUGAAGAAUCUUGUUGACAAAGCAAAUGGUUAUGUUUUUAAAACAGAAGAAGGUAGGCACAUUAAUAGUAUGUUAGCAUGUGCAAUGGGUGUUGGAGAGCCAGCUAAUUUUACUGUAGAUCUUGAAUAAAUAUUGUAGAAACACAUUAAAAUUUGUUUUACUGAAUAUCUGUCAUCAUCUAGUUUUGCCCUUAACACAUUUUUUUGAGCUUGACAGUGUUCUAUUAGAAUAUACAUUAAUCGAAACAAAUACAUAAGUUCUAAGUCUCGGUUUUUGUAGUACCUGUUCUAUCCUUAGGUAUUGCCUUUGUAGGCAGACGAGCAUACGGCCCACCUGAUGGUGAGUGGUUACCGUCGCCCAUGGACUUCAGCAAUGCCAAGGGCAGAGCCAAGCCGCUGCCUACCGCUUAAUACUCUCCACAAGCCUCGUUUGAAGAAGGACAUGUCAUAGCGCUCGGGAAACACCGUGGAGGGGAGCUCAUUCCAUAGCCGGAUGGUAUGUGGCAAAAAAGAUCUCUGGAAACGCACUGUGGAUGACCGCAGUGGCUCCAGGUAGUAUGGAUGAACUCUACUCCGGUGGCGGGCGGUGCGAUGGUAAAAACGAGACGUUGGUAUCAUCUCGAACAAUUGCUCAGAGCAUUCCCCAUGGAACAUGCGGUACAAAAUACAGAGGGAACCGAAGUCCCUCCGCAUACCCAGAGGCUCCAAACGAUCCGUGAGAAUGUGUCCUUUAAACCGAAAUGUUACUGCUAUACUUCAGAAAUAUGCAGGGUGGUGUGGUGGUACCUAUUAGUAAGGGCCCACAAAAUGCCCUGGCACCUGGUACCACCAGGAAGUAAACGUAUUAAUACUGGUCUUAGGAAUUGAGUAUGCAUGGAUUGCAUGGUAAAGACGUUUUUCUCUGCCAGAUAGGCACUAUGAUACAUAGGCGGCACUGAAAAUUUCGGGAAUUAACGAAGUGACACAACAUUACUAUUUAAAAAUGUAUUUAUUGCUUUUCGAAGUAUUCUCCGCGAAAUUUGACACAUUUUUCCAUACGAUGGAACCAAUCAUUGAAGCAACGAUUCCAUUCGGAAGUUGGGGUCUCCAAAAUGGCCGUUUUGUAGGCGUCCACAGCUUCUUCAGGUGAUGAAAAUCUCUGUCCACGCAAUCCAUUCCGACAGGAGCCCUCUUCUUCGAUACAGCGAAGGCGUUCGACAAAGUCUGGCACAACGGUUUGAUAUACAAACUGUAUAACAUGGGAGUGCCAGACAGACUCGUGCUCAUCAUACGAGACUACUUGUCGAACCGUUCGUUCCGAUAUCGAGUCGAGGGAACGCGCUCCCGGCCCCGUCACGUCACAGCCGGAGUCCCGCAAGGCUCCGCCCUCUCUCCGUUACUAUUUAGUUUGUAUAUCAAUGAUAUACCCCGGUCUCCGGAGACCCAUCUGGCGCUCUUCGCCGAUGACACCGCCAUCUACUACUCGUGUAGGAAGAAGGCAUUGCUUCAUCGACGACUUCAGACCGCAGCUACCACCAUGGGACAGUGGUUCCGGAAGUGGCGCAUCGACAUCAACCCCACGAAAAGCACAGCGGUGCUCUUCAAAAGGGGUCGCCCUCCGAACACCACGCUGAGCAUCCCCCUCCCGACAAGGCGCGUCAACACCCCCGCCCCCGCCAUUCGCCCAAUCACGAUGUUCGACCAGCCCAUACCGUGGGCCCCGAAGGUCAAAUAUUUAGGCGUCACCCUCGACAGUAGGAUGACAUUCCGCCCCCACAUCAAGACGGUACGCGACCGUGCCGCCUUCAUUCUAGGACGUCUCUACCCGAUGAUAUGUAGGAGAAGUAAAAUGUCCCUUAGAAAUAAGGUGACACUCUACAAAACUUGCAUACGCCCCGUCAUGACCUAUGCAAGUGUAGUGUUCGCUCACGCGGCCCGCAUACACUUAAAAUCAUUUCAAAUUAUUCAAUCCCGUUUUUGCAGGAUAGCCGUCGGAGCCCCGUGGUUCGUCAGGAACGUCGACCUCCAUGACGACCUGGACUUAGAGUCCAUCAGUAAGUAUCUUCAGUCGGCGUCCAUGCGCCACUUCGAUAAAGCGGCACGACACGAGAACCCUCUCAUCGUGGCCGCCGGUAACUACAUUCCCGAUCCUGCGGACAGAAUGGAAAGCAGUCGACGUCGCCCAAAACACGUCAUCUCGGAUCCUCCCGAUCCACUAACGGUGCUUUUAGGUACUUCAAGCACCGGUCACCGUUCUCGUCGAACCUGUCGCUUGCGAUGAAGGGCUCGACGAGUAAAUUAACUCUCAGACACAGCCCACUGAGUUUCUCGCCGGAUCUUCUCAGUGGGUCGCGUUUCCGAUCCGGUGGUAGAUUCUGCGAAGCAGGGCUCUUGCUAGGGUUCGUGUUAGCAACAUCGUCAGGUUUGAGCCCCGUGAGCUCACCUACUAAAGUUAGGGUUACGCUGAUAUAGCCUCUCAAGGCUAUCAGCUUAGGUAGGAUAUAAAAAAAAAAAACCUCUUUGUCGAGUUCGACGAGUACGGUUACUGGGGUCCCUAAGCCUGCUCCUAGUAUUAGAGCUGAAGGCAUCUAAUGCAAAGGUUAUUGGAUCUGAUGGAUCCGUAAGGACGUGUCUAGGGCGUCGACGGUGACUGGCUCCUGCAUGAUCAGGAUUCGGUGAGUAGUCAGCGGCGGCAACGAUAAGGCGAUUAUCAUGACGCAUAGCUUUCAAUUGUGGUUCUACCUGUGCUGCAUAACAAUUAUGCCGUAUCGCUAGUAGUUAACAAAAUUUAUAAAUAUUACGGGCUUAUUUUUUAGUACAUGACUAUUUCUUUACUAAAGUAAAAGUCGUUCAUGAAUACGUAAUGCUUCCUUAGACAAAUUGGUAUCUACGUACAGGAUAUGAACACCGGCAGUCUCUUGGCUACCAGAUAUACUAAAGGGACAAUUACGAAAAUCUGAAAAACACCAGGUAGAAUGAAUUUAAUCGUUAUACACAACCUUAUCAGUCGUGUUCCCGCCUAAAAGUAGCUGUCUGAUGUUUCAACAGUUAUGAAGAUACAGAGCCAAAGCGAUUAUGUUGUCAAGACAAAGGCAUUAUUGCUAUAAUCUUUCCUAUUCAUCUUCCGGAGAUCCAAUGAACUAACAAUAAAGAAAAAUGCAUUUGGUAGUUAAUAGGAAUGAAUGAUUUAAUUUCAUAAACAACAAAAAAAUCUGCUCUUUCGGACAAUUGAUAAAUGUGGUCACAUUAAAAAUAUGAAUAAGUAUAAUUAUAUUGUAUGUUUAAAUAUUUUAGUUAUAUUUUUUCCAACCUAAGCUGAUGAUCUUGAGAGACCAGCGUAACCCUAACAAGUAGGUGUGCUCUAAGAGAUCCCCAUCAUUCCCAUGUAUGAAAAAAAAACUACAAGGUCAAAAGUCAAAAAAAUGAGUUUUCCGCGAUUUUCA